AUGAUGGAGGUGAGGGCGUCGCAGGAGCAGCAGGGAGGGAUGGCCGGGAGAGAGCCGUUCGGACUGCCCAGCAGCCCGCCCACGCCGCAGUCCUCCGGCCCCGUGCCCAACAUGCGCAUGACCUACGGCGAGGACGGCAACGCCUACUUCCUUAAGCCGGGCUCAGCUCCGCCGCCGGCGGAGGCGUACCAGCCAGGGGGAGGCGCUGGCCUCGACAUGCCAGCUGGCCCCGACGCGGCUGCUGCGGGGGGCAAUGGCGGGCCGGCGUUCGAGCUCAACAUGGAGGAGGAGGCCGCCAAGAAGCGCGGCCGCGCAAUGAAGUACGGCGACGACGGCAACACGUCGCUGGCAUUGGUGCCCGUGCCCAUGCCCGAGGAGCCCACUGCUGUGGCGCCCGGUGGUUCCGGGGCUUUCCCGCAGCCUGCCGUCAAACCGGCGGCGGGCGGCGUGCUGGCGGUGCCGCCGGCGGGGAUGAAGAAGCGGGGUCGCCCCAAGGGCUCCACCAACAAGGUGAAGAAGCAGGACAAGGUCAUGUCUGCGCUUGCUUUCAUCGGGACUGCAGGAGCUGGCUUUACUCCACAUGUCAUUGCUGUUCAAGCUGGAGAGGAUGUGGCUGCAAAGAUCCUGUCAUUUGCGCAGCAUGGAGUUCGUGCAGUUGUGGUUCUUUCAGCAAAUGGCGCCAUUUCAAACGUUACCCUUCGGCAAUCUGCCACUUCAGGUGGGACGGUCACAUACGAGGGCCGAUUUGAGAUACUGUCACUGUCUGGAUCAUUCACCGUGCAAGAGACUGGAGGCCAUCGUAGCCGAACCGGUGGGCUGAGUGUUUCACUUGCAAGUCCUGAUGGCCGCGUCUUGGGUGGCGGAAUUGCUGGACUUCUGAUUGCCUGCACACCUAUUCAGGUUGUGGUGGGUACCUUCAACACCGUGGCCGAGAAGAAGAAGGCACCGAAGCACCAAGCUGCUGCUGCUGCACAUGAGCCCGCAUCCGCGCCACCGAGGAUGACGCCGAGCUUCGUGCCGGCGCCGAUCGCCGUGCCGCCGCUCGCGCCCGCUCCCAUCAGCGUGGGGAUGGCCCAGAACAGCCCGCCGUCCAGGGGCACGCUGAGCGAGUCCUCCGGCAGCCCCAUGAACCAGGGAGUCCCGGCGGCGGCCACCCCCAGCAACAGCGGCCUGUCCAGCAUGCCCUGGAAGUGA